UCCUGUGGCUACCUUUGUUGCUUCUUUUUUUUAACUGUGUCCUCUCAUUAUCAGAACCCAGAAGAAUAUUUGGAGAUUGCAUUACAAUGAAGAGACCCCUUAUACUGCUGUUUGCUGUGACUCUGGCUGGAGUUAGUGUAACCAGCGCAGCUCCAAGGCUCUGGGGAGACACUAUUACUGAAUUUGCUGUGGAUCUGCACCAGGCAAUACGUUCAGUUGACACAGAAGAGAACAUUAUUUUUUCCCCACUUGGUGCUACUUUGAUUCUAGGAAUGAUAAAACUGGGAGCGAGAGGAGCAACAUCUCAACAAAUAAAAGAAGUUCUAAAACUGCAGGGAAAUCAAGAAAGUGAAGAGUUUUCUGGGCUCCGAAAGCUGGUUUCUGUCAUUUCCGAAGAAAAUAAAGAAUUUGCAUUUAAUCUCGCAAAUGCCCUCUACCUUCAAGAAGGCUUCCACGUGAAGGAGCAGUAUCUCCAUAGCAACAGGGAUUUUUUCAAGAGUGAAAUAAAGCUGGUGAAUUUCCAAGAUUUGAAAGCAUCUGCCAAAAUAAUAAGUGCAUUUGUAGAAAGACAAACAAAUGGAAAAAUCAAACACAUGUUUUCAAGUGGAGACUUUGAACCACUCACAAAGCUUGUUUUGGUCAACGCUAUUUAUUUCAAAGGGGAGUGGGAACACAAGUUUAGUUCAGACGCCACUUACCCACAAGACUUCACGGUAAAGAAGGGCAAUGUAACCAAGAUACCAAUGAUGCAUCUCCAAACAGCAACAAAGAUUGGAUAUUUUUCUGACAAUGAUUUGAAAUACAAUGUGUUGGAACUUCCAUACAAAGGAGACAAGAUCAGCUUAGUAUUAGCUCUCCCAGCAGAAAAUGUGGAAAUAGAGGCUCUUGAAAAAAAGCUGACAGAACCAGUGCUAAGGGAAUGGAGCACUAAGCUGACACAGGAAAUGGUUGAAAUUAGCUUGCCUAGAUUUAAAAUAGAACAUGAAGUUGAUUUAAAGCGUUCUCUGCUUCAUCUAAAUGUGACCAAAGUGUUUGACCAAAAUUGCAAUCUUUCAGGAAUAACAGAUACAUCAGAUAUAUACAUUUCAAAGGCGGUUCAAAAAGUUUCUAUUGAAAUUAAUGAAGCUGGGAGUGAAGCAGCUGCAGCUACAGGAAUGCAGGUUGCUGCAAUGAGCAUGACCAAUCACAGAUUUGUAGCCGAUCGCCCUUUCCUGUUUCUUAUUCGGCACAAUGAAUCAGGAUCAAUUCUGUUUAUGGGAAAGGUGACAAAUCCAGAUGUGAGCGAUGCAAGAGGUCGAGAUGUAGAAUCAUUAUAAAUAAAAUAAAGAUUUUUUUAGAGCCGUUCUCAGCAUCCAGCCAAUCAAACAACGUCAGCUAUUUUCUUGCCGUUUACAUUGGAUAUAUCUUCCGGGAACUGCCGUGGAUGGUGAAGAGACUGUAGCUUGACAUAAUA